AUGGCUAAGAAUUUUACACUUCCCAUGACUUUGGCACCAUAUAAGGGGAUUGAAGAUCUUGAAGUUCAUGUCACAAAAUUUGAGUCUAUGAUGUUCUUCAAUAGUGACUCCGAUCCCAUUUUGUGCCGAUCUUUUCCAACUUUUUUAGAUGGAGCUGCCCUAUUAUGGUUUUCUAAUUUACCUGCAGGAUCCAUAACCAAUUUUGAUGAGUUUGCCAAGUUGUUCAUAAAUCAUUUUGCAGCAUCCAAAAUCUAUGUGCGAGACUCGGACUACCCCAGCACAAUUAAGCAAGGACAGCACGAAAGCCUGAAAGACUACAUGACAUGCUUCACAACAGUAGCCAUGGAGAUUCCUGACCUUAAUCCAGAAGUGCAGUUGCACGCUAUCAAGAGUGGCCUUCGACCUGGAAAAUUCUAG